AGUCUACAACAACACAUCAACGGUUUCCUCACUCCUCUGUAUCCCAUUCCUCUCCAACACACUAACAAAGCACAACCCCCACCUUCGCCAUAUACACCACAAUCAAUUUCUGAAAUGAGUCAACGUGUCCCUAACUGCGAUGUGGACGACAGCAACAUUCCCACAGCAUCAAAAUUCCCUCUUCCCAAUUUCAAUUUCAUAUCCCAUGAAGUCCCAAUGUUGGGCUACCAAGUUGGGGAACUACCAUGCAAAAAGGGACAACCUUCGACGUACGAAGGCAGCAACGGGAACCUAACUACAUGGGACAAACCUCGUACAAGUGGUGGUACCUUGGAGUCCAUAGUUAACCAACAUGUCAGCGAAAACUGCUAUAAAUUGGUUGCUAUGGACGCAUUAGUGCCCUGUUCGAAACAGGGCACACGCAAGGCAGUGGAGUCGGGAAGGCUUGGUGCGUGCCGAGAAAGUAGUUCCACGCGCGUGGCGUCGCGUGCCAGGGUGGCGGCGCAGGAGGAAGUGGGGAAACGCGCUGGGAUGGUGGCGCGUUUGCCUACAACGCUAGAAUUGAGUGGCUGCAAGGAUUGGAGCGUGAGUGGUAGUGAAACUUGUCGUAGGGAAUUGAGUGUGACUUUCAAUUCUGCCACCACGGGUUCGCCGGAAAACACCACUAGCGCCGGCAGACAGUGCACCGGGACCACUACCAACGACGACCGUGAUUCCAUCAGCCACCUUAUAUCUCAGAGCGAGGUACCGGAUGAGGAUUACAUGGCAGCAAAAGUUGAAAGAUCAUCUGGGUCCAACAAAAGAAUCAAAGCUAAUUCAGUUGUGCACAACCAAUCUGAAAGGAGAAGAAGGGAUAAGAUCAACCAAAGAAUGAAGGAAUUGCAAAAGCUGGUCCCAAAUUCCAGUAAGACCGAUAAAGCUUCGAUGCUAGAUGAGGUGAUCCAAUAUAUGAAGCAAUUGCAAGCCCAAGUGCAAAUGAUGAAUUGGAUGAAAAUGUACACCACCAUGAUGCUGCCAAUUACCAUGCAGCAACAACAACAACAACUUAAAAUGUCUAUGAUGAUGGCUCAGAUGGGCAUGGGCAUGGGGAUGGGCAUGGGAAUGAAUAAGGAUAUGGUUAUGAAUAUGAACAGCAUGAACAUUCCCGGCAUUCCCCCUAUGCUCCCCUUUCCCCCCUUCAUGCCUAUGGUCUCAUGUGGUGAUCAAUUACAAGGAACACCAGAGAAGUCCGUGACCAUGGAUGCAUACAGUAAGAUGGCUUCCCUGUAUGAUCAGCAGCUGUUUCAUCCUCCAGCUUCUAGUUCCAAGAACUGAGCUCUUCGUGUUGGUCUACCUUCCUCACAAUAUGAUAAGAAAUAAAUUAAUUAAGAGUGUGCAUGUGUGUAUAUUUUUGGUGAGAAAGAUUGAAGUGUGGAGAGCCAACAGCUUUUUUUUUUUUUUAUCAGCAUAAUAAAAUGUAAUUUCAUUCAAAGAGACAAGCAAAAUAAAAUGUAAUUUCUUUGUACCAAUACAAAUAAGAUGUUUGGAAAUGUACAUUAUUAGAUUAGAUGUGGUCA